ACAGACCAAAGACUAACAUUUUAAAAACUGACUACACAGUCUGCACCUUUUUGAGCUUCUCUUCAUCAUGGCAGGAUCAGAUGAAAUCAACAUUUUCCUGCUGGGAAAAACUGGUAUUGGGAAGAGCAGCCUGGGAAAUACCAUCCUGGGAGACAGUCUGUUUAAAGAAAAAUCAUCUCCUACAUCUGAAACAGAUAUGGGCCAAGCAGAAAGAAAAUACAUCAAUGGGGUACCUAUCAAAGUGAUCGACACUCCUGGCUUCGUUGGCAACACCAUGGAUGAAGAAAGGCUAAAGCGUGAGAUAAUACACAGUGUCAAACUGUGUGAAGGCAAGAUUGAUGCCAUUCUUAUUGUGCUGAGAGUGGAUCGAUACACAGACCAGGAGAAGGAAAUCAUCAAGCAAAUAGAGCAGUGUUUCUCAGAGGAGGCUCUGAAACGCGCUGUGGUUGUGUUUACGCAUGGAGACCAACUGGAAGAUGGGAUGACAAUUGAGGAUUUUGUUGAAAAGGAUUCUGAUCUGAAAAAGUUUGUAGAGAGGUGUGGUGGCAGAUGCCACGUUCUUGAUAGCAAAUACUGGAAAGAAAAGCAGGAAGGUUACAGGAGCAACAAGUUUCAGGUGGAGCAGCUUCUCAACACAAUAAAAACAAUUAAAAACAGCCAGGGCUCCUACACCAAUCAGCUUCUUGAGUUAGUGGGGGAAGAAGGAGGCAAUGGGGGUAAGGGGCCGAAUUCGAUCAUCUUAGCUGGAGUUACAGUGGGAGCAUUACUGGGAGCAAUUUUUGGUGCUUAUAUGGUUGUGCCUUGUGCAGUGGCUUUAGCAGCAAAAGCAGCUGUGGGUGGAGCAGUAAUUGGAGGUGCAGUAGGGGGAGCUGUAGCUACAGUUGGGUAUAUUAUUAAGAUAGGAGGUAUUUCACUGUAUAUAACCGAAAAUAAAAAAAAAUGUUGAGGGGUCCAAUAAAAGAAACCUACAACUGCAAGAUACAGAGUACAGGAGAUAUAAUUUUAAUGUUUUAGUCAUUUGUCUUCAUGGAGAUCUAUAGCUGUAGAUAAAGAACAAAAGUUAAACCAAACAAAACUUGAGAAAAAAGCAGUAAUAUCAAUGUGUAAUUCUCAUUUUAUUAUUUUUGAAGUGUUUGUGUAUGAGUUUGAUACAAUGAGGCUCUUUGUUCAUAUUAUUAUUUAGCAUUUGAAGAAGACUGGUUUUAGAACCAUUUUGUUAAAUUUAAAUGUCUUAUCUCUGAUGGGAUGUGGGAUAAAAAAAAUGAUUUUGCUCAAACCAUGAGUAACUAAUUUUAAGACCUUCAGUUUAAGAUAGAAAACUUUGUCUGAGUCAGAACAGGACUGAGCACGUGAGCUGUGGCUUCUAUGAUGUUCUUGUUCUUAUCUUUGCAAAGACCAAAUAAAGUACAAACUAAAUGAUCA